GCUCGCUCCGCCGCCCACCCUGUGCACGUGAGGCCAGCGCGCGUGGCUCUUCGCGCCAGCCGCAGCGGCGCGCGGGGACGCCGGCGUGAGCAUGUUCCGCAUCGAGGGCCUGGGGCCCAAAAUGGACCCGGAGGAGCUGAAGCGGAAGAUGCGCCGCGACGUCCUCACCUCCGUCCGCAACUUCCUCAUCUAUGUCGCGCUGCUGCGGAUCACUCCUUUCAUCCUGAAGAAGCUGGACAGUAUAUGAACAUUUAAGUCUCAGUGUAUGAAAACAUAAAAUGGACUGUAGCUGCUUUCCUGUUUGCUAAUUAAGUAUUGUGAUAGAGGCAGACAUCUAAUACUAAAUGGUUCUAAAAUGUUCACUUAAGCAUAUCUGACCUGAGAAGGAUAGCCAGGAAGAUGCCUGUUCCUGCAGGUGAAUUCUGGUCAAAGAAUACUCCCUAGUGUCAUCAAGUAACGACUUGUGAUGGAACAUUUCUUGUACUGUUUUGAAAAACCCUUCACCUCCAUUUUAUACAAAGUGUUAAAUGUUAGUAAUUUCUUUUUAUUAUGCAGCUACCUCUAAAUUGCCACAUGCUAUCAAUGUUACUGAACCUGUAUGUAUGAAAAAUGAAGUUGUUAAAGAAUCCAGCUUGAAAAAUGAAGUUAAUGAAUCCAGCUCACAGCAGCUUGAUUUGAAAUAAAUGGAAGAGUAGUUUUGUCACUUAACUCUGGUAGUGAUUUGUUUUUAAUACUCAUCACUUAAGCUAGAGGUCAUCUGGUAUUAUAUCUCUGGUUCUUGUCUUAACCUUGCUCCCUCCUCCACCUUAAAAAUCAACUUAUAUUGAGGAAAAGCAAGAGAGAGUGAAAAAAGACAAGGUAAUGGUGUGUUUUUCAGGUUGCUAAAUGUGUACCUGAAGCAACUGAGAGACAUGAUCAUUUAGUCAAGAUUCAGAGAAAUGAAGAAAUGUGCUAAAGCUUUAUCCAGCAGAUCUGUACCAGUUUUCCCUUCAAUUAGAACCUCCUGGGUCUUGAAUUUCCACAAAGAAAAGCAGGAACACCACCAUAUUUCUUCUUUAAGAGGUAACCGAAUUUUAGUCACAACAGUCUUUUUACAAUGCCUGUUACUGCCUCUUGCCAGUACUGGCAGUGGUUUGGGUGGUCUGUUAGUUUGUUGUUUUUUUUUAAUUUAGUAUCAUGAAUCAAGCUUGUUUUACCAUGACAAAUUGCUGUAUUCUGGUAGUUCAAGAGUAUUAUUUUACUCCAAAGCUGCCUGCAAUAUGCUUGCACUGCCUAUGCUGAUGUCAAAAUAGGGGGUAUUUCCUCAGAGAAACAGCUUGCUUUACAAAGGAGAUUGUGAUUGUCCUCUCUGAAAGGGGUUUAGUAAACUUUGUACUAAUGCUUAUUAGUAUCGGCCCUAUAACAAGUUACCAAAGCAGGAGUUGGAUUUUCAGUUGGUUUGGUUUGCCUAAGUCUUAAAAGAUAUAUUUAGGAUUUGACUUGAUAUCCCUUAGAUCAGCUGCACACUAAAUCUCCAGAGAGGCUUAAAUGUUUCUCAGACUUGUACUUAAUGCCUGGAAAUAACUUAGGGGAGUGCAAGCAAAGCCACUUGUAAAAAGGCACACUGAGUACUUGCCCCUGAGACAGGUAGGGGUUGAAAGUGCAGUUCAUGAAUGGCAGGCUGGGAAACUGGAUAUUAAUUUGGAAGCAUAACAAAUUAAUCUGAAGACUUCUAACCAGAGCUGAUGCAUAGCACUGGAGCCUUGGAUGCCCACUGCAGUCAAAUAAUCCAGUCCUAUUUAAUUCUCAGGAUUUUUCGGAGAAAUUAAAGUAAGGAUAUUCCUGAGCUCAUUGUUCUGAUAUCUUUGUAAAAUAGAGCAAGCGUAACUGAAUAAAUUGUGGAAUUAUAUUA